AUGGGGUUUUGGAAGAAGUUCUCGUCACGCACCGCUCAAGGAGGAUCCGUCAACCAAGGAUCCCCAUCGACAACGUCUGGUCCAACCACUCAUCCACAAGGCCUAGAAGUGGUAUCAGAAGGAAGCAACCCCGUCAUAGAUAUCGUUGUGAUUCACGGUCUUAACGGGCAUCGCGAGAAGACCUGGACUGCUGAAAACGGAAUUCACUGGCUUCGCGAUCUGCUGCGUUUCGAUAUCCCCGAAGCACGUAUACUCUCGUGGGGAUACGACGCAAAUACACACACUAGUUCUUCUAAUACGUCUUACUCGUUUCUAUAUGAUCAUGCGCGGACGCUGGUGUCCGAUUUAAACAGGAGACGCAAGGUGACUGACUCGUCAGAACGGCCGAUCAUAUUUAUCGCACAUAGCCUCGGCGGAAUUGUUGUCAAGAGUGCCCUUAUCCAUUCGGAUGCAGCGCGUAAAGGUGCUCUGCUUGAUCAGCGGUCUAUCAAGCUUUCGACUUAUGGCAUUGUUUUCAUGGGUACCCCUCACCAGGGUGGGAAUGGUGUGCAACUGGGACGUAUCCUCAUCAAUGCCGCCUCUGUUUUCGUACAAGCCGAUGAUCGCCUCCUCAAACAUCUUGAGAGGGAUUCUGAGUGGCUCUUGCAACAACUAGGCCAGUACGGCCCGAUAAGCGGUGAAUUUGUGACCAAAUUUGCUUAUGAAGAAUACGAGACACCGAUAGCUUUGGGCAAAAAGAUCCUGGUCGUGCCAAGGGCAUCAGCGGUUGUCCCGGGGCAGGCGGAUGCGGAGCCAAUUGCCGUUCAUGCAAACCACAAAAACAUGGUGAAGUUCAAGUCAAGAGAGGAUGUUGGCUAUAAUACCAUCCUGGAGAAUUUGCAAAUCAUGAUGAAGGAUGCUGAGGCCGUGAUUCGAGCACGAUGGGAAGCAGAGCGCCGGGCAGAGAAUGCUCGAGUUAAUGAAAAGAAUUUUUCUCUCGAGUUCAGUCUAUCAGAGGUCAAUGAUGUCAAUCAUUUUGUUGCAAGAAAUGAGGAACUUGCACAAUUGCAGAAGAUCUUGACAAACUCCCAAGAUCGUCGUAUCGUUGCCAUCCAUGCCCUCGGGGGUAUGGGCAAAACACAACUUGCAGUUGCCUUUGCAAAGCAAAAUCACAAAUCAUUCUCCGCGGUAUUCUGGAUGAACGCAACCGAUAAGGAAACGCUGAAACAGAGCUUCAUGAGAGCAGCGAACCGAAUCCUCCGCGAGCGUUCCCCUCUGCCCUAUGUUGAACGUGCCGUUGUCAACAACGAUAUGGAAGAGGUAACCAAAGCUGUCGGACGAUGGCUGAGCGAGCGUGGCAACAAUGAGUGGCUUAUCAUCUUCGACAACUAUGACCACCCUUCUUUAGGCAAUAAUAUCGGCAGCAGGAACUCUCAGGAUGAUAAUAACAUCGUCUCAAAAGAUUACGAUCUUCGUCCAUUCUUCCCUGAAACUCAUCAUGGUGCGAUCAUCAUCACGACGCGAUCAUCCACAGUAAAGCUCGGCGAGAGUAUACGACUGAAGAAACUCCAAUGCAUCGGGGAUGGUCUCAAGAUUCUCGAGUCUACAUCCAGACGCAAACGACUCGAGAAAGAUCCCACAGCUAUCCGCCUUGCUGAGAAGCUCGAUGGUCUUCCACUUGCCCUUGCCACUGCUGGUGCUUACUUAGAUCAAGUUACUAUAUCAUUUACCGAGUACCUUGAACUCUACAACGAAUCAUGGGGCAGACUUCAAGAAUCUAGUCCCCAGCUCUUAUCAUACGAAGAUCGUGCUAUGUACUCAACAUGGAACAUAUCAUAUGAGAAUGUAGAGAAACGGAACAAGUCUUCUGCUAUGCUGCUCAAGCUUUGGGCUUACUUCGACCAUGAUGACUUGUGGUAUGACCUACUGUGUGGUGCGGGGGAAUCGGCACCACCAUGGUUGGAAGUGCUUACAGACAAGCUGGCAUUUGUGGAAAGCAUGCGCCUAUUGUGUGACCACGGACUAGUGGAGGCGAAUACAAUUAUUGGUGAGUCUCAAGCGGGAUCACCGGGUUAUAGCGUGCAUGAAUGCGUGCAUGCAUGGAUGGUUCAUGCGUUGCAUAAAAACACUGAUACAGACAUGGUGCGGAUAGCCGCUACAUGUGUGGCAUCGCUCGUACCAACCGAAAGUGAUAAGGAAUAUUGGCUUACAGAACGACGACUAUUGCGACACGCUGACCGAGUUUUUGAGAGGACGACGGAAGGCACAGGAAUGCCCCAUCUUGACACAUGGAUUUAUUCGGAAUUUGGGUCUCUCUUCCGCCACCAAGAUCGACUAAAGGGGGGGGAGGUGAUAUACAAGCGAUUGCUGCAAGAGUAUGAAAAGACAUUGGGUCCCAACCAUAAAUGGACGCUAGGAACAGUUCACAAUCUAGGACUUCUCUAUCUGAAACAAGGUCGAUUUCAACAAGCAGAAACGAUGCAUAAGCAGGCAUUGCAAGGAUUCGACGAGACACUAGGGCCAGAGCAUAUAUAUACCGUUACAGCAAUAGAAGGUCUGGGUAAUAUCUAUGUCGACCAAGGUCGGCUUGAUGAGGCAGAAAGAACCUUUAAUCGAGAUACAUCAACGCUCAGUACAGUUAACCAGCUUGGAGGUCUCUACAUUCGACAAGGUCGCCUCAAUGAAGCAGAAAUCAUGUGUCAGCGAGCAUUACAAGGGAAAGAGAAGGCAUUCGGACCCUACCAUCAAUCAAUGGUUAACACACUCUACAAUCUUGGGCUUAUCUACAUGCAGCAAGGUCGUCUUGAUGAAGCAGAAACAAUGUGUAAGCGAGCGUUGGAAGGAGAUGAGAGGACUGUGGGGUCAACCUCUUUCAAAACGUACUUGCCUGCGCUAAAAACUCUAGAAACCCUGGGUGAUGUCUACCGACGUAUGCAUAAGCUAGACCUAGCUGAGAAAUGCUAUCUGCAAGCAUGUAGCGGACGUAUGAUAGUUUUAGGGGCGAAUAACGAUAAGACUAAAAGGAUUCAAAGUAGAUUGGAAGACUUGAGAUUACGACAUUAG